CAACACAGCUGCAUUCUAAUAUGGCGUUCUAGCAGGUGUUUGGAAGUAUUCAGAAAUCAACCUAAGACAAAAUGUCAACGUCUAAAUCUCGAAAAAGUCAAUUUCUUAACCCAGGUGCAAGCCAAGUGACAGCAAGUACCAAUGCACGAAAGGGAAAUGUUGCUGCUUCAGUCAAUAGGAGCAAAUAUGGAGGAACUGGUACAAUGUAUGCUAGUGCUAGAUCUAGGUCAAACAUCUUGUCCUCCGCAAGUAAAAGAAGUGUUAAUCAGGCAGAAAAAGCUGUUGUGAAACCUCCUGUUCAGGUACUUGAUGAAGCAGGCAAUGAUGUGACACCCUUGCCUUUGUUGCAUUCAGACCCCUCAGCUGUGAAGAAAAACCAGAGCAACAUUCUUGCAGACAGUUCAGCAGGAACACCCACAGAUUUAAUGUCACAAGCCUCUAUAUACAACACUGGUAAUGUUACUGCUAGUACAUUUGGAGGUGGUCCAUUCACAAGGUCAGUGUUCAGUGCCUCUCAAGGAACGACGUCCGAUUCCAUGAUGGGAGAAGAUAUUACAGAACCUUCCCAAGACAUGUCCUCAGCUUGGGCUGAAAUCCGACACAAGCGAGAGGAAGUGAAGGAAACAUUGACAGAAGAUGACCUAGAUAAGGUGGUCAAUCUGACACUGACCGAGACAGAGACCAUCUGGUUACUGGACAUGCCAGGGACGUCCGUGUCCAAUGAGGCAGAGGAGGCAGCCAAGAUCAAGAAGAGGAAUGAAGAAUACCAAGAGUUGAAAAAGAAUCGUGUUGGAAAUGACUUAUAUAUGGAGAGAGGGAUGAACACAUUCAAUGAGCCAGCUAAAUACAAGACAGUUCAGACCACAAAGAUUACUUGUGUAGACACUGGUAUCAUGGCUUCGACCUGGGACAUGUAUGACACAUUUGAACAAAGGGACCAGGAAAUCAGAGCUAAAGAGAAAGAAGAGGAGGAAGAAGGAACCAUCAGUCGCCCCAGCAGUCCGAAGGAAGGGGAGGAUGGUAAAGCUGGGGCCAAACCCCAGGUCGGAGAGCCGAGUGGACUGGUCAGAGAAGGUAGCGCUCAUUCUGUGCGGAUAGACGGGGUGAAGCCAAGUGUGUCGGGACAGCCCCACUCAGAAAGCCGGGCGACCAUGGCCUCUUCAAUGGCGGGAUCAGAGAGCGUGUUUGCUAGUCGAGAGACGGGCGUGUCCUCAGUACCUAGUGAAAUGUCUGCUGUGGAGGAAGAGAAGAUAUUUAAGUCAGAGAACUUCCAGAGAGAUUUGUUCAUCAUGGAGAGAGUUGUGAACUUGAACACAUACCAACCCAAACAGGCAUUAUACAGAGACUUCCCCAUUAUACCAGAUAUCGACCGAGAGGUCACAGAGAUGGGGGACAAACAGGUCAGCAUGGUCAGUGACAUGGGCCCCAACUUUGACCGCCUCUGGUCCUACUCAUGUAAGCUGACCAACGGACGCAACAUCAGCUGUAUGUCCUGGAACAAACUCAACCCAGAUCUGAUUGCUGUUGGGUAUGGAGAAUUUGAAUUUUCUGAUCAGAAAUCUGGAUUAAUAUGCUGUUGGUGCCUAAAGAAUCCUGAUUAUCCAGAGAGAGUGUUCACAUGCAAGGAGGGUGUGACUGCACUUGACUUCUCUAAGGCCUACCCAAACCUUUUGGCUGUUGGGAUGUACGAUGGUGGUGUGGCUAUUUAUAAUGUGGCCAGCAUGAAGGAUGAACCCAUCGUUGACAACUUCCAUACACCAGGUAAGCACACAGCUCCUGUGUGGCACAUCAAGUGGAUCGAGAAAGAGCGAGGAUCAGGAGAGGAGACGUCCGAGGUCGUCGUCUCUAUAUCCACCGACGGGCGUGUCACUCAGUGGUCCAUCAGAAAGGGAUUUGAGUGCUAUGACAUUAUGAAAUUAAAGAGGACACCAACAAGAAUGGGUGGGAAGAAAGAGAAGAAAGGGGAGGCGUUUAUUUCCAGACACGCUGGAGGAAUGUGCUUUGACUUCCACACCAAAGAACCGAACAUAUAUGUAGCAGGAACUGAGGAAGGUCACAUUCACAAGUGCUCUUGUUCAUACAAUGAACAAUAUUUAGAGACUUACAAUGGCCACACGGGUCCAGUGUAUAAGAUAGAGUGGUCGCCCUUUGUGAGUGACCUAUUCUUGAGUUGCAGCGCUGACUGGAGUAUCCGACUCUGGCAUCAGGAGAGGACCCAGCCCGUCCUCAACUUCUUCUCCUCAACAAAAUCAGUGUAUGAUGUAGUUUGGUCUCCCAAAUCAUCGACCGUGUUUGCUUGUGUCAAUGAGGGAGCAGUGGAAGUCUGGGACCUCAGCAUUAGCACGUUGGACCCUAUCAUUACCAACAAUCCGACAUCUGGUGCCAAAAAGACUUCCGUCUCCUUCUCCAAGAACUCUGAUUGUAUUCUGGUUGGUGACAGUAAAGGGGAGCUAACUGUGUAUCAGUUGAGAAGUAUGCCUGAACCCCCCGCAAACCAGGAGGAGGCACUGAGGAAUGUGAUUAAGGCAUCACUGGCCAGUCAGCUCCAACAGGACCUCAAGAGGAAAGAGGAGGAGGCGAAGGAGCUAGAGAAGGAGGUGGAUGAGGAGAUCUAGAGACUGGGGAUCUAGAGACUAAAGAGAAAGAAAAGAUCUAGAGACUUGGAAUAUCUAUGUGGGACUUAAAGUGUGUACAGAGGUCUCUCACCCUAGUCUUACAUUUAACAUUUGUGAACUGUGCCAAUGUUGAGUUACCGUUAUACAUUUUGAAUAGAACGAUGACAAUCUCUGUGCAAGAGGUCUCACUGUCCAUACCAUUGUCAGUUCUCCAGGAACAAAUGAUAUUUUUGUUAGGCGCAGAUUCCAUCCAUAUUUAUUUUGUGAUAACUUUUUUUCAUGUAUUAAUAAUUGAAUUGUUAAUAAUAUUCCGAUGUUACUAUGACCUUUUACAAUUUUUUAUUAAAGAAAAAUAAUUUA